AUGGAAAACCUAGAUCAAGAAUUCAACCUUUCACAAUCAAUAAGCUCCAUUGCAGCUCAAAGGGAAAAAUUUAACACUAACAAUGUACAAAGUUCUUUGAAUGAAAUAAUGGAUGCUACUGUAGGAAUCGAGCAAGAAAAUGAAAAGUAUUUGAAAGAGGAAGAAGAAACACUUUUUAAACUUCAAAAGAAGGUUAAAGAGCAGCAAGAGACAGUUGAGUCAUUAAAUAGAGAAUUACUAAAACUUAAAGAAGAUACAGAUUCAAUUCUACAGCAAGAUAAACUUAUGGAUUUAGUAGCUGAACUGGAUUUCAUUGAAAAGAAAAAUCUUCAGGUGAAAAAUAGUAAUGAUAAGAGGAUAAAUGAAUUAGCCGAUCAAUACAAUAAGGAUGGUGAGAAUUCCCAAACUCCAAUUGAUACAAUAAAUUUAAUUGAUAGAGAUGAAAACGAAGCAGCUCAAAAGAUAUUAGAAGAUCCAGUAUCAAGGGCAAACAUCUUAAAAUUGAAGUUGUUUAGAUCAUUAGGCGUAGUCAUAGAUGUGAAGGCCGAACAAGUAUUUAUCGAGGAAUCUGAUAAACUAGAUGUGUUAAUGUUAAAUGAGGGUUACAGUAAUUACUUCAAGACUAAAUAUAUAUGGGAAAGGAUUAAGACAAAUAAGGAUAAAUUAGAUGUAGUGUAA